ACUCGAUCACCGAAGAGCUGCCAGGAUGGGCGGUGCAGUGACAGCCAGCAGCCGCUUAGGUAGGGGCUGAAGGCAAGAGAGGGAAAGCCUGAGCUGUGACCUCCGCGGAGCUGGGAAUCGGCCCGUUGCGCAGAUGAAGGGAGAAGCCGGAAGUAUGCGACAGGAGAAGCCCAAACAGGAGGAACGCAUCUGGGGCUCCAUGAAGGAGGCGGCUUUCAUCCUGGGCUCUGGCCUUCUCUUGCUUGUGGCCUUCUCGAACUUGGUCUCAGGGCAACUUCAGAGAUUUUGGGAUGCUUCUGGCUGUUUUCAGCAAGCCCAAUGGGAGAGGCUCCUGUCUACAUUCGAAGGGAAGGAGUGGAUCCUCUACAUUAUAGCUACCAUUCUAGUACCUGCUCUGCUUUUCUGGAGCUUCAACGGGCUUCUGCUGGUGGCUGACACAGCCAGAAAACCGAACUUCAUCUCCCGUUACCGAAUUCAAGUUGGCCAGAAUGAACCAGUGGACGCCACGAAACUACGCCAGUCUAUGCGCACAGUUCUCUUCAACCAGUGCAUGAUAUCUGUCCCCAUGGUGGUCUUCCUCUAUCCCAUCAUCAAGGUGCGGGGAGACCCCUACCGCCGAGAGCUACCCACCUUCCACUGGUUCCUUCUGGAGCUGGCUAUCUUCACUCUGAUUAACGAAGUCCUGUUCUACUACUCACACCGGCUCCUUCACCACCCAACAUUGUACAAGAAAAUCCAUAAGAAACACCAUGAGUGGACAGCUCCCAUUGGCGUGAUCUCUUUCUACGCCCACCCUAUCGAGCAUGUGGCCUCCAACAUGCUGCCAGUGGUACUGGGUCCCAUCCUAAUGGGCUCCCACUUGUCCUCCAUUGCCGUGUGGUUUUCCUUGGCCCUCAUCUGCACCACUGUUUCCCACUGUGGCUACCACCUACCUUUCCUGCCUUCACCUGAAUUCCAUGACUACCACCAUCUCAGGUUCAACCAGUGCUACGGGGUGCUGGGGGUGCUGGACCACCUCCAUGGGACUGACACCAUGUUUAAGCAGACCAAGGCCUACGAGAGACACAGACUCCUGCUGGGCUUCACUCCACUGUCUGAGAGCAUCCCGGAUCCCUCGAAGAAGAUGGAUUGAGAGAGGGCCCAAGUGCCACCUUGGCUGUCCCCCUCAGUGGACUGCUAAGGUGGCCCGAGGCGUGCUGAUUGUAUCUAACUCGCUCCUUCAGCCAUGCAGUUUCUUUCUGUCUUAUUUUACAGGUUUAUUUAUUUUUGAGAGAGAGAGAGAGAGCCAUGAGCAGGGGAGGGGCACAGAGGGGGACAGAGGAUCCGAAG